ACGUUAUGGUUGAGGCGCCGCCUCCUCUGGCUGAUCUGCCUCUCGCCUCCCGUCGUCCUGCUCCUGAGGAUGAUGCUGCCCACGUCCAAAGGCAGCGAGAGGGCUUGUACCACCGUGCCCUUCCUGCUUCUGCCCGACUGCCGCUGCGAGAGGGACCCUCCGUUCCUGGUGUUCUUGGUGACGAGCCGGCCGGCAGAAGCGGCAGAGCGGGUGGCCAUCCGCCGGACCUGGGGGGCAGAGCGUUGGAGCCACCAGGGCCGGGUCGCCACUUUCUUCCUGCUGGGGAGGGCGGCGAUGGGGGCGCGGCUGUGGCUGGAGGCACGGGUACAUCAGGACAUCAUCCAGGGCGACUUCGCCGACACUUACUACAACUUGACCCUGAAGGUGAUGAUGGGGAUGGAGUGGGCGCGGCGCCACUGCCAGACUGCGCGCUUCUUCAUGAAGACGGACUCGGACGUGUUUGUCAACACACCCCACUUGCUGCGGCUGCUGAGCUCCAAACCCAGCCGGCGUUUCUUCAGCGGCCAGAUAAUGCACCACAUCCAGCCCAUCCAGGACAAGCGCAGUAAGUGGUACAUCAGCCCGCAGGAGUUCGCCUCCCCAGUCUUCCCCAAGUACUGCUCCGGCACCGGCUACGUCUUCUCCGGGGACCUGCCCAGCCUGAUCUGCCAGGUGGCCAACUCCGUGCCCUUCCUCAAGCUGGAGGAUGCAUUCGUGGGUCUCUGCCUGGCCAGGCUGGGGGUCCCGCCAGUGCCCAUGACGCCACGCCGCCUCUUCUUCACCCUCAAGAUUCCCUUCUCCGUGUGUCGCUACCGCCACCUGGUCACCGCUCACCACGUCAGCCCCGCUGAGAUGCUGCACUACUGGAGCGCUCUGCGGGCACCAGCGGCAGACGAGUGCCCGCCUCCAACUGGCCCGGUCGGAGGGGCACAUGUUGGGAUCCAGGCUGAGGAGUGAAACUGGGAGCCGGCAUUGGA